UCACCAGACACAUGGAAGGAAGAAAUCAAACCCGUGUGACAGAAUUUAUCCUCUUGGGACUCUCAGAUGAGGAGGGGCUGCAGUCACUGCUCUUUUGGCCAUUCCUGUCCAUGUACCUGGUCACCUUCACUGGGAACCUGCUCAUGAUCCUGGCCAUUAUCACAGACUCCCACCUCCACACGCCCAUGUACUUCUUCCUCUCCAACCUGUCCUUUUCAGACAUCUGUUUCACCUCCACCACCAUCCCAAAGAUGCUGCUGAACAUCCAGAUGCAGAGCAAAGUGAUGACCUACGAAGGGUGCCUCAGCCAGAUGUACUUUUUCAUGCUUUUUGGAGUAUUAGACAACUUCCUCUUGACUGUAAUGGCCUAUGACCGGUUCGUGGCCAUCUGUCAGCCACUGCACUACAUGGUCAUCAUGAACCCCAAAUUCUGCAGCAUCCUGCUUCUGGUUGCCUGGAUGUUGAGUGUUCUUACCUCUCUAUUACAUGGCUUGAUGAUUUUGCGACUCUCUUUUUGCACAGAUCUGGAAAUCCUUCACUUUUUCUGUGAACUUAAUCAGGUGAUCCAACUUGCUUGCUCUGAUACCUUCCUCAAUGACCUGAUGAUCUCUCUAAGUGGACUUCUGGGUGUUGUUCCACUCACUGGUAUCCUGUUCUCUUACUCUAGAAUUGUCACUUCCAUUUUGAGGAUUUCAUCAGCGAUGGGCAAGUAUAAAGCAUUUUCCACAUGUGGGUCUCAUCUUGCAGUGGUCUCUUUGUUCUACGGUACAAGCCUUGGGGUUUAUCUUAGUUUUGCUGCUUCACAAAACUCCAGAGCAAGUGCCAUAGCCUCAGUGAUGUUCACAGUGGUGACGCCCAUGCUGAACCCCUUCAUCUAUGGUCUGAGGAACAGAGACAUCAAGCAAGCUCUGAGAAGGCUCUUUAGCUGA